CAGUGGGCCUUCCCUCAGGCCGCCGCGCAGCAAAGCCAUCAGUCUGCUGCUGCACCGGGGGAAGCCAUCUCCUCACCGCGGAUCUCCUCUCCCCUUCUCUCUCUUGCACCGGACCGGACCAUCGGAUCAUAACCCAGCCUCUCUGCAGCUCUGACGGUCAGAUAUGUUCAGUGUGCAGCAGUAAGGAGGAGGAGACGGGGGUGAUUUCUGUGCUACUGUUUGGUCCUAUGGGGGAGGAGCCAGUUGUUGAUUCUACGCUGCAAAGAGAAGGCGCCGCACAGAGAGGGUAAGGGACUGAAGAGGAGGCCUAAGACGAUGAAGGACAGUCGGCCGCUUCAGGACUAGCUCAGACUGAGGGAACUGCAGUGGAGGCGGAGGAGGAAGAGGAGGAGGGAAAGAAGACCGAAGAGAGACAAAGUAAAUCACAUGACCAGGCCUCGGAAAGGCUCCAAAUUAGUGAUGCUCCCCUCGGGCAGGGAUUACCUCCUCUCCGUCGUCUACCUCUCCAUCUCUCCCACUCUUCCUCCCACGUACAGCAGAGCAGCCGCCCAGCCUCAAGACUCUGAGCCGUGAGAGCCGCUCACUGUGCUCACCCACCCACGCACAAACAAACUCAAACACACAUUCUCUCACUCUCUCGCUCUCUCACACACUCUCUCUCACACAUACACACACACACACACACACACACUUUUGCGUCCUGCUCAUGGUCGUUGGCCUGUCCUCCUCAGCUGCUGCUCUCGCUCUAGUCCUAGACCAUGAAGAGGCCCAAGCAGCAGACGGGGCCGCUGAGCUUCCUAAACUUCUUCAGCAGGAAGCCCAAAUCGGAGCCGAGGCCCGAGAGGCCUGUGGAAGCCUGGCCCAAAGAGGAGGUGGCCAUCACCCUGACCCCGAGCGAGCAUCCAGAGCAGGACCUCAACCUCACAGCAGAAGAGGCUGGAGAAUCAAGAGUUUCUGGAGGAGAAAGAGGAGAAGGAGGAGGUCCGCCAGCAGCGGCUGAGGGAGGCGAGGACGGUGCCGCCACAGCUGAGUGUGUGGGCGGGGCCAGCAGCGGCUCCACCGGCGUCCUGUCCCUGUCCUCCUCCAGCCAGGAGCAGCUUUUGGAUGAACACCUGGAGGAAUGCCCCCUGUGCCUGCUCAGUCAACCGCGUUGCCACUUCCCACGACUCACUUCCUGUUCCCACCGAACGUGCUCUGACUGCCUCCGCCAGUACCUGCGCAUUGAGAUAUCAGAGAGCCGGGUGGGCAUCGCGUGCCCACAGUGCCCCGAAACACUGGCGCCCCUGGAUGUUCGUGCCGUCCUGGAUGACCGGGCGCUGCUGGAGCGGUUUGAGGAGUACCAGUUGAGACGUUUCCUGGCUGCUGAUCCAGAUACGCGCUGGUGCCCGGCGCCUGACUGCAGCUAUGCAGUGAUAGCUUACGGCUGUGCAGAGUGUCCCAAGCUGAGCUGUGGCCGUGAGGGAUGUGACACCGAGUUCUGCUACCACUGUCGGCAGCUGUGGCACCCCAACCAGACGUGUGACCAGGCACGGCGUCAGCGAGCCCGCCACACCUCAGGCGGCAACGAUGCCUCCACGCUGUACGUCUUCAAUGAAGAACCUGGAGGAGAUGCAGAGGAGAUCAAAGCGUGCCCUCGCUGUGGUGCCUACAUCAUGAAGACCAACGAUGGCAGCUGUAACCGUAUGAACUGCACUGUGUGUGCCUGUCAGUUCUGCUGGCUGUGUAUGCAGGAGAUCACCGACGUGCACUACCUCAGUCCCUCAGGGUGUACAUUCUGGGGGAAGAAGCCAUGGUCUCAAACCCGCAAGGUUCUGUGGCAGGUGGGCAUGUUGCUCGGAGCACCGGUGGUCAUCUCCCUUAUAGCGGGCAUCGCCAUCCCAGUCAUCAUUGUGGGCAUACCAAUCUACAUGGGCCGCAAGGUCCAUGGUCGCUGUAAGAAAAACAAUAUCUCAGGAAGUAAGCACUACUUGACUGUGGCAAGUGGGGUGAUGAUGUCAGUGUUUGUGUCGCCUGUCAUAGCAGCUGUCACUGUGGGUGUAGGUGUGCCGCUAAUGCUGACUUAUGUCUAUGGGGUCGUCCCCAUGUCGCUCUGUAGGAAUGGUUGGUGUCGACCGCAGACUGAACCCCCUGAAACACAUAAAAUCCAACUGGAGGACUUAGCCAGCUAUCUUCUAUUCUCUCAUGUAGUCAGUGACCACUGGCCGAGUCAGAACAACCCAACGCUCAGCGACACCAGCGUCCAGGAAGUCAGAGUCAGUGUACAGGAAGUGGGCGUACUCCCCAGUACAAGCACCACGCCCCCCGAGCUAGAUAGCUAUGAGGAAUUGGAUGAAGCCACAAAACACCAUGGAUACACCCAGCAGGACAGCCAAACAGACUGUGAGGUAGUUACUGUGCCUGACAGCAAGCUUGAUGACACACAAGCGCUUCCGCUGAGGGAAGGAACCAACAUUGAGGUCCGUGUGGAAAUUGAGAGCCAUCCCAGAGGCGCCCGCCAGUCCAGCCUAAGUAGCAUCCUGUCUAGCCGAAGCUUGUCAGUGGAGUCCCUGGGACACUCCCAGUCCCAGUCCCAAGACUACCUGCGUGCCUCAGAACUGGAAGAAAGACAAGAGGGGGGAGGAGGAGAAGGAGAGGAGCAGGAGGGAAGAGAGAAGCCAGGUGGGGAAGCAGGAGGAGACGAGGGGACAGUUUUCCCAGUCUUUGAAAUAGACGGUGUAUGAGGUCCUCCAAUGCAAGCUUUGUUGAAGAUUAGUCAGGUUUUAUGAAAUUAAACAAAUCCAUGAGCUGACAUGUCACUGGAUUGAUCUGAAAAUCGUUGUCCAAGGCCACCUCCUGCUUCUAAGACAGGCCCUCCCACCAGUUGCCUUCUAGCUCCAGCCUCUAAGGAAGACGCGGGUUUAGAGAGAGCAAAUGAAAAACAGUGUGUGUGUGUGUGCGUGCGUGCGUGUGCGAGACAAAUAGCAUGAGACUAUGACAUAAAAGUUGAAGGGGGAUAAACUGUAAAGCUGACAGGAUAGCAUCCAUCAAUGAAUCUAAAACAGAAGUGACUGAGAGCAUGUUAGCUGACUAGUUCAGUCUGUUUUUUUGUUGUCCUUUCUGAAAGAGACUAUCUUACCCCCCCCAUUAUAAAUCUAUUUCAUGAAGCCCUCUCUUCGUCUGGCUGUACUCUUACACUUCUUUUAGUGACCUCACCUCCCUCCUCCCUUCACAAAUAAAGAGAUCCCCACAAGCAUGAUUUGUUUUAUGGGGGAUUAAGAAUCUAACAACUGUUGUGUCGGCAAGUAAACAUCAAAUGCUUCCCAAGCCAAGUUACAAGACAGUGGGGGUGAUUUUUUUCUACCUUAAAGAAUAUCUUGAGUAUUUUAAGAUGCAGUGGUCACAACUGAAUUGGGCAACCUUAAACAGACGACGCAUGCUUCACUGUUUGAUUACUCUUUUGAGAAAGAAGUCCAGUUGAAAAUGAUAUCUGAAGCCUGUACCUGUUGUUCUCUACUGGAGUAAAAGGUGCUCUGUGACAUUAUGGCAGGGAUUGAAUUGACUGUAGGGCUUAUAAAUACCAUUAAUUAUAACCAUUAAUCUUAAAUCCACAGUCUUCCAUGGAAGCAGACAGGGGGUAAUGUCACUUUUGCAUUGUUUUAGUGCAGCUUGUAGCCUUCAAGAGGCUGUUUCCUUUUAAAAUGGGGAGGGAGACAUUGCUUUAGUUUGUAAAAAUGCUCAUUCUAAUGCAGAUACUUACGUGCAUUAUUGACAACACAGCAGCAACACUACAGUCUUUUUCUGAAGAGUCUUAAAUGUUAAAGUAGCUGCAUGAUUCUACUACUUGCUGUGUAUCCAGGAUAAUACAAAAAAACACACACAAGCAGAUUCACACAUGCACACACACACACACACACACACACACACACACACACACACACACACACAAAUAUAUGCCCACACACACAGCCAGUGUAGUUGCAGUAGUGUGCGCUGCUGAGAGCAUUAAACAUAAACUAAAGACCCUCUCAAAUGAUCACAGAGCACCAAAAUGACAACAGCAGCAUGCCACCUCAGGCUAAACUCUAAUAACCCCUUCUAGAUAAUUUAUGAGAAAUACAUGACUAUACAUGCUCUGCUUAGCUUCCUGAGUGUGAAAUACUUGUGAGAGAUGAACUCGGACAUGAUAACCUGUGCUGGGUUGUGGAGAGAAAUUAAAUAAAGAUUUCACCAUGAAGGACAAAAA